AUGGCAUCAACGCAGCCUCAAACUUUGGGUGCCGGAGUGGCGGAGAGCGGCCGUGUUGCCCGCUUGGUGUCUGCCAGUUCCGUAAUGACACAGCAGCUGGGCAAGAGCACCAACAUCCGCAUGUCGCAGAUUCUUGAGCCUCGCUCGGAAGAGGACUGGACUGCGCAUCGCACGCGCAUCGUGUGCACUAUGGGACCGGCGUGCUGGAACGUAGACACACUCGUGAAGAUGAUCGACGCCGGUAUGAACGUGUGCCGUCUGAACUUUUCUCACGGUGACCACGAGACGCACGCACGUACUGUGCAAAACAUCCAGGAAGCGAUGAAGCAGAGACCCGAAGCGCGCCUUGCCAUUCUCUUGGACACCAAGGGCCCGGAAAUCCGCACAGGGAUGUUGAAGGACCACAAGCCGAUUACGCUGCAGCAGGGCGCGACUCUGAAAAUCGUGACUGACUACAGCUUCGUUGGUGACGAGACGACCAUUGCGUGCUCGUACGCUGCGCUUCCGCAGUCGGUGAAACCAGGAAACACAAUCCUGAUUGCGGACGGCUCCCUGUCCGUGAAGGUCACUGAAGUCGGUAACGACUACGUCCUGACCCGCGUCGAGAACGCCGCGACCAUCGGCGAGCGCAAGAAUAUGAACCUGCCGAACGUCAAGGUGCAGCUCCCCGUCAUCGGCGAAAAGGACAAGAACGAUAUCUUGAACUUUGGUAUCCCGAUGGGAUGCAAUUUCAUCGCGGCGUCCUUCGUGCAGAGCGCGGACGAUGUGCGUCUCAUCCGCAGCCUGUUGGGCCCACGCGGUCGCCACAUCCGCAUCAUUCCCAAGAUCGAGAACGUUGAGGGUCUGAUCAAUUUUGACGAGAUUCUGGCUGAGGCUGACGGUAUCAUGAUCGCCCGGGGUGACUUGGGCAUGGAGAUCCCGCCCGAGAAGGUCUUUCUGGCGCAGAAGAUGAUGAUUGCCAAGUGCAACGUGGCGGGCAAGCCCGUGAUUACAGCCACGCAGAUGCUCGAGAGCAUGAUCAAGAACCCACGCCCGACUCGCGCGGAGGCCGCGGAUGUCGCGAACGCUGUGCUGGACGGCACGGACUGCGUAAUGCUUUCUGGCGAAACCGCCAACGGAGAGUUCCCCGUCAUCACCGUAGAGACGAUGGCGCGCAUCUGCUACGAGGCUGAGACAUGCGUGGACUACCCGGCGCUGUACCGCGCCAUGUGCUUGGCGGUUCCCUCGCCCAUCACCACACAGGAGGCCGUGGCUCGCGCAGCUGUCGAGACUGCGGAGGGCGUGAACGCUGCCAUCAUCUUGGCUCUCACUGAGACCGGUCAGACGGCGCGCCUCAUCGCCAAGUACCGUCCGAUGCAGCCCAUCCUCGCGCUCAGCGCCUCCGAAAGCACCAUCAAGCACCUGCAGGUCAUCCGCGGCGUGACUACUAUGCAGGUCCCGUCGUUUCAGGGCACUGACCACGUCAUCAGAAACGCGCUGGUCAUUGCCAAGGAGCGCGAACUCGUCACCGAGGGUGAGAGCAUAGUCGCCGUCCACGGCAUGAAGGAGGAAGUCGCUGGUUCCAGCAACCUCCUCAAGGUCCUCAUCGUCGAGUAG